AUGCUGUCACACCUACACCCAGGCCCACACCCACACCCACCCCUUACAAAUGUAACACUUACGGAUAAAAAUAUACUCGAAGUAGGUUGUGGUAGGGGUGCUGGUGCUGCUUGGUGUGUUCAUACUCAUGCACCUCACUCUUACAUUGGAAUAGAUUCUUCUCAAGAUGUCAUUAACUUAUGUCAACGACUUUAUUCGACAACUCCUCGACUUUCAUUCGUGGUAGCUGAUGCAACAAAACACUUACCAUUUGAAAAUGAAUCAAUUGAUAUUAUUGUUUGUAUUGAAGCAACGCAUGCUUUUGGCGAACCAAUAGUAAUCAAACAAUUUGCCAAUGAAGCCGUUCGUGUACUUCGUCCAAAUGGAUAUCUUCUAUGGUGUGAUUUUUGUUAUAUGAAUGGAUCAGAUAAAUCAGUUUAUGAUCUGAUAGAAAAUGAUGGCUUAAUUAUUGAUAAAAAGAUUAAUAUUACAAAGAAUGUUCUUCAUGCACUUGACAUUCAAAAUAAAUCUCGUACUGAUUUCAUUCAACGUUAUAUUCAACCUGAAGAACAAGAAUAUUUUCGUCUGUUCGCUGGAUUACCCGGUACUCAAGUUUAUGAAGACAUGAGCCAAGGACGUUCACAAUAUUGGCGAGUUGUAUUUCGAAAGAAGACACCAACAGAUAUGCCUAUCAUCUGA